CCGCAACUUAGCGCUGGUGUUUGCUUCUCUUAGCGUCGGUUUUGUAAUUUAUUUUAUUUUUUUUGCCGUAAGUGAGAAUGGUGUGAAUGGCUGAACGCAUUGAACGGCAGUUUAUCGUAUUUUCAAGUAGUGUUAUUGUUACAUCCAGAAUAUAAGAAAUUCUGAUGAAGAAGCUAUAUACCUGAAGCCGAUGUGCAGAAAUGAUCAAUUAGCAACAAAUUAUAGCUGUUUAAUAAAUAAUUAAUUAAUCUGUGACUAUAUGGAUUUGUACAAUAAAGAUGGGAGGGUGUCGUUGUACCUACAAGACAUGCAAAAGUGCAACAAAAACAACAGACCUACACUUCUUCCAUUACCCUGUAAAACAUCAUGUAAGAUGCAUGCGCUGGAUCCAACAGGCAAACAGAUUGGAAUUCAUGAAUUUGCCAGAUGACCAACUACGUAACAAAGUGAUUUGUGGCCUUCAUUUUGAAGAUAAAUACUUUACAAAUGAUCAGAAAAAACGCCUUGUCCAUGAUGCUAUACCAACAUUAGAUGCAGGUUGCUUUGAGACUGCAAACUAUGUAAAAGAUGUGGAAAUACUUCCAACAAGUGUUGAUGGCUCCACAUUUACCUUGCAGGGGGAAAACUUGCAGUCCUCAGGUUGUGGAAAUGAAAAUUUUAGCUUUAAAGAUGGGAAGGUGAUGUUGCAAAAUUUUGCAAACAACUUGGAAGUUUAUACAAUCAAUCCAUCAUAUAUACAACAAUCAUUCACAAGCAAUAAAGAUAUGUUCAUUAAUCAAAGUGAAUCCUUGAUGCUCAUGCAAGAGUCACAAACAGAAGAGAAGGAUAGCAUAUUCAAUGAUUUGGAUAUAAUAAGAGACCAUUGCCUUGAAAAAGAAGUAAAGCCUGAGCCUAAGAUAAAGCAAGAUAUUAGUUUUGACGUAUGUAUUUCGCCGCCAAUCGUUCCGCUUGCCAAUGGCGAUUGUAAAUAUAACCCCGGGAUUGAUACAGCCCCUAUUUUCACAGGAACUGAGGACGUUCCUCCUAAAUCGGCGGAUAAGAUCAGAAAGGUGAAGCUGAAGAAACCGACUCUGUUAAAAACCCUUAACUAUCACUCGCAAGAAAUCGCAAACAUCAAGAGAUCGCUGGCCUCGACGAAGUUCUCGAGGGCCAAGAUCUUGCGUAGCCUUAAAGGGAAAAUUCCUGAAACCAUGUUCGGCGCGUUAUCGCUGCAGCUCAACAAGACUUGCAGUGAUCUGAAACCUGAGGAAAAGUCAUUUCUGCAUGCCCUUCAUACGAUUGCACCUACCGCCCACAAAACUUUAGAAGACUAUGGAUGGCACAUGCCCAAGCACGAAAUAAAUAACGGAACUAUUGACAUUAAAUAAAUAUGUCAAUAAAAAUAUUUUAUUUUAAUGAAUCUAAAAUUAUGUUAUUUAAUCU